AUUUAACUAAAUUCAGAAUCUUAGUGGAAGUUUCUCUUACAAAUAUCAAUAAACAUCAAACUUCUUCUUUGAUUUUCUUUGUAAGGAUAACCUCUUAAAUAUACUUAUGAUUCAUUUGGUAAAUUUUGUGGAACUUGUAGUAAAUUUCAACACGGAUUCGGUAACUUACCUCUUAUGUAAAAAGAGACCCUCGAAUCGAAUCGGUGAACGCCACCAAGAGCAGACCAGAGAACAGAGGCGUUCCUACGCCGCCUUAAAUCCCACUACCAUGGUCUUCGAUGUAAGUGUAGCUGUGACUGAAAUCUUGAACCUACCCCCGAUGGACAAAUGCAAUGGCUGCAGUGUGUCUUCAGUUGCUGUCUUUUCAAGUUCCAUUUUUGUUGUCUCCUUGAUUUUGGUUCGUCUCCUUUAUGUCAUAUAUCACAGUCGCAGGCCCUUGAGCAAAAGAGCUUCAAAACCUGUCAGUACCCUCAUUAUUUUAGGAUCAGGUGGUCAUACUGCUGAGAUGCUUAAUCUAUUGGCAGUGUUACGGAAAGAUAGGUUUAAUCCAAGAUUCUACAUUGCUGCUGCUACUGAUAAUAUGAGUCUUGAAAAAGCUCAGUUGUUGGAAAACUCCCUUGCUACUGAGAAUGCAACAAGGGUCACACAGACUUCCCAGUUCAUGAAGAUAUAUCGGAGUAGGGAAGUUGGUCAAUCGUAUAUAACCUCAAUUUGGACUACAUUAAUUGCAAUGGGGCAUGCGCUGUGGCUAAUGAUUAAAAUUAGACCUGAAGUGAUACUUUGUAAUGGACCUGGAACUUGCAUUCCCCUCUGUGCAAUUGCAUUCAUAUUUAAGGUAGUGGGAAUCAAAUGGUCAUCAAUUUUCUAUGUUGAGAGUAUUGCAAGAGUGAGAAGGCUCUCCUUGAGUGGCUUGCUCCUGUACAAGUUCCGGAUGGCUGAUCAACUUUUUGUUCAGUGGCCACAGCUGCAACGGCAAUAUCCCCGAGCUACCUAUGUUGGUAGGCUAAUGUAACCAACUGGUUCCUUUAAUAGUUGUACUAUAUUUAAGUUCUCUCUGCAUUUGUCGAGUGUUUUUAUAGGUUACAUGAUUGUUAUUCUUUGUUUUUCAAAAGGAAAAAAGAAAGAUAAGAAGAUUACGAUUAUUGGAAGAGAUUUGGAAUGCAUCUAGUUUGCGGGAUGUGAAACCGUUUCUCACUAUUAAUCACUAUACUUCUAAAGAUUUGUUUCC